AUGGCUGGAUCAGAGUCGAGUGGCGAUGCUAUCUUUAAGCUCUACCGAUAUGACCCCUCCAUGGCUGCGACGGUCAUUUUCAUCAUCCUCUUUAUAGCAAUCACAGGAUUGCAUGUGUAUCAGCUGAUUGUGACCAAGACGUGGUUCUUUACCUGCUUCGUUAUUGGUGGUUUCAUGCAAAUCAUUGGCUAUAUUGGCAGAGCGGUAUCCUCCACUGAAAGCCCCAACUGGACUGUCAAGCCAUACGUUGUUCAGACUUUGCUCUUGCUCAUCUCGCCGGCCUUGUUCGCAGCAAGCAUAUACAUGAUUCUUGGGCGCAUAAUUCUUGUCACAGAUGGGGAAAGCUGUUCUCCCAUUCGGAGAAUAUGGCUGACCAAACUAUUUGUCCUCGGAGACGUCCUGUCCUUUGUUCUCCAAGGCGCAGGUGGUGGUAUGAUGGCUGCAGGUACCCUCGAUGCCCUUCACAAUGGUGAACACAUCGUCAUCAUCGGCCUUGUUGUCCAGCUCGUCUUCUUUUCUCUUUUCGCCGUCACCGCUGCUUUGUUUCACCUUAGGUUUUCUGGUGCUCUUUCAACGAAAGCUCUGGCAUCGGGCAUCCCUUGGCAGAGGUACCUCCUUGUGCUGUAUAUUGCAGCCGGUCUGAUCAUGAUUCGAUCCUUGUUUCGACUUAUCGAGUACGCUCAAGGCAAUUCGGGCUAUCUUAUCUCUCACGAGGCCUAUUUGUACAUAUUCGACAGUGUGCUGAUGUUUUUGACUAUGAUUCUGUUCGCAUGGGAGCAUCCCAGCCAGCUUAACGCCAAGUUGCAAGGAGGGGGAACUGCUGUGAGACGGGGUAUUCAGUUGUAUUGGGAGAAGUGA